AUGGCUUUAAUGUGCACUUCAGCGCAUACUAAAAUGCGUAUUCAAUCUUUAAAACUUUUUGAAAUUAGAGCUCGACAAGAAACUCGAAUAACAAAAGUAAUAUCACAUCCGUCAAGAGCUAUUGAAAUUAAAUUUAAUAAACCUUCUUUCCGUUAUAAAGUUAUUCCCGCUAUAACUAAUUUGCAAUGA